AUGAAUUCAUAUCCAUUCUUGGACAAUAAGCAUAAGCCGAUCUUUACGGAAGACCUGGCUGACAUUGUGCCACGGAUUCGAAAAGAACGAAUCAUUGACAUUACCAACUCGCCGGUUGUGCCUGCUACCAGCUUGAGAAUCAAGCUCGAGCUUCUGCACAAGGCUGGCGAACUCGAUGGAGGACUGCCAAUUGUGCGGCAUGGUAUUUUGGUUGGGUUGAUUCCUGCACCUGAUCUUGGAUACGCUCUUGAUCAAUUAGAAGACGAAGCAACGAAUCUUUGCCUCAUGGACCACGUUCCUAGCAUUGACGAAGAUGAGGGAGAACAUGAUCCCACAGACUUUACACCUUACAUAGAUCCUGCACCUGUUGCAUUGGAUAUCAGAUCACCAAUGGACUUGGUUUAUGAGCUUUUCGCGAAGCUCGGACUCAGGUACAUUUGUGUGCUGAAAGACGGCAAAUACGCUGGAAUGACCCACAAGAAGACCUUUGUCAGAUAUAUGCGGGAGCAUGAGAAAGACGUUUAA